GCCUGCCUGCCUGCCUGCCGCUGCUGCUGCUCGGUGUCCGCUCACCGUCCGUCUCGUCAGUGUUGAUCGGCUCGCCAUGGCGGAAGGACGCAGAGAACAGCCGCCUCAUCCUCUCCUCUCCUUACCACCGGCUAGCAAGCGACCCUGCCUUCGCCCCGCUCCCCGAGGUCCCGGUCCGGGGCCCGGCCACGGCAGCGGCUUGCCCAGCUCCCGGUACCGUUCCCCGGAGUCCCUCCUGGACUGCGCCGCGAAGGCAGUAGCGGAAAAGUGGGCCUUCGAGAGAGUGGAGGAGCGCUUCGAGCGGAUCCCGGAGCCCGUCCAGCGCCGCAUCGUCUACUGGUCUUUCCCCCGCAAUGAAAAGGAGAUAUGCAUGUACUCUUCGUUUCAGUGCCGAGUGGCCGGCGAGGAUGGUCCGUCCGCGGCUACCGCUGGAGCUGGAGGUGCCGGGUCCGGAGCUGCCACCACCGGUGGUGGCGGAGGAUCUACCGUCGGUACAGCGGCUACCGUGGGGGCAGCCGGAGCAGUGGGGACGGGAGACGGACUGCCGUUCCGCCGGGGUAUCAGGCUGCUAGAGACCGGCUGUGUGGAAAACGUUUUACAAGUCGGAUUUCACCUCAGUGGCACAGUAACCGAACCUGCCACGACGUCGGAGCCAGAGGUCACCCACAAGGUGGCCAUCAGCUUCGACCGCUGCAAGAUCACUUCUGUCACCUGUGGCUGCGGGAACCGAGACAUUUUCUACUGCGCGCAUGUGGUGGCACUCUCUCUUUAUCGGAUUCGCAAGCCUGAACAGGUGAAGCUACGGUUGCCCAUCUCAGAGACGUUGUUCCAGAUGAACAGGGAUCAGCUCCAGAAGCUGGUCCAGUAUCUGAUCACAGCCCACCACACUGAGGUGCUGCCCACUGCUCAGAAACUGGCCGACGAGAUCCUCUCCUCCAACUCCGAGAUCAACCAGGUUCACGGUGCUCCAGACCCAACUGCAGGCGCCAGCAUUGACGAUGACAACUGCUGGCAUUUGGACGAGGACCAAGUCAGGGAGCAAGUCAAACAGUUUCUGUCCCAGGGAGGGUACUACGGCUCUGGGAAGCAGCUCAACUCCAUGUUCGCUAAGGUCCGGGAGAUGCUACGAAUGCGAGACUCCAACGGUGCCCGAAUGCUGACGCUCAUAACGGAGCAAUUUAUGGCGGACCCCCGGCUGUCGCUAUGGAGACAGCAAGGCACGGGCAUGACGGACAAAUGUCGGCAACUAUGGGAUGAGCUGGGUGCAUUGUGGGUGUGCGUGGUGCUAAACCCCCACUGUAAGAGCGAGGAGAAGAGCGGCUGGCUGAAGCAGCUGAAGAAAUGGGGGGACAUGGAUGUCUGCCCGCUGGAGGACGGCAACUACGGCAGCGAGCUUCCGAACAUCACCAACGCUCUGCCGCAGAGCAACCUCGCACAGGACUCUCUGUCUAGGCCGAGGAGGACGGUGUUCAGUCGGGCCGUCGAGGCCUGCGACCUCCACUGGCAGGACAGCCACCUCCAGAGAAUCAUCAGCAGCGACUACUAUAUGUCUCCGUCCUACCAAAGAGAGGGAGAGAGUCUUCUUUUCAACCCACAGGGCCUGCCGCUGUGGCUAGAUCACGUCCCGACAGCGUGCGCUCGCGUCGACGCCCUGCGUUCCCAUGGUUACUCCAGGGAAGCCUUGCGAUUGGCCGUCGCCAUCAUCAACACCCUCCGCCUCCAACAGCAGAGACAGAUGGACAUCUACAAACACCAAAAGAAAGAGCUUCUCCAGAGAGGUGUUACCUCCACCACCAAUCUGGAAGGUUGGGUAGGUCAUCCCUUAGACCCGAUUGGAUGUCUGUUUGUCACGCUGACAGAAACGUGCCGUGUGGAUGAUGACAACACCAUGGACACUGGAGAAGGUGACCCCAGACCUCCAGUCUACCACCAUGUGCCAGUGUGGGGGAGUCCAGAUGGGGGGGAGUCCUACCUGACUCUGGCCUUGGAGGUGGCUCUGAUGGGGAUGGGCCAGCAGAGGAUAAUGCCUGAGGGACUGUACGCCCAGGAUAAGGUCUGUCGUAAUGAGGAGCAGAUUGUUGCAAAGCUGCAAGAACUGGAGCUGGAUGAUCUCCUGGUUCAGACGCUUCGGAAGCAGGCAGUACAGCUACUGGAAGCUGGUCCGUUCAGUGGUCUCGGUGAGGUCAUCCACAGGGAAAGCGUUCCAAUGCACACCUUCGCCAAGUACCUCUUCUCGGCCCUGCUGCCUCACGACGCAGAUCUGGCUUAUAAGGUGGCUCUCCGUGCCAUGAGGCUGCCGGUGCUGGAGUCGUCGGCCGGUUCUGGAGACGUCGGCCACCCUCAUCAUGGCAUCUCCAUAGUUCCAAGCAGAUACCCGCGCUGGUUCACACUGGGACACUUGGAGUCCCAGCAGUGCGAGUUGGCCUCAACUAUGCUCACUGCUGCUAAAGGUGACAUGUUGAGAUUGCGGACGGUGCUGGAGGCCAUCCAGAAAAACAUCCACUCCUCUUCCUUAAUCUUCAAACUGGCCCAAGAUGCCUUCAAGAUUGCCACACCCGCAGACAGCCCGCCUGAUAUAACCCUGCUCAACGUGGCACUGGAGCUGGGACUGCAGGUGAUGAGGAUGACUCUGUCCACUCUGAACUGGAGGAGGAGGGAGAUGGUUCGCUGGCUGGUAACCUGUGCCACUGAAGUCGGUCUGCGGGCUUUGGUGAGCAUCUUACAGAGCUGGUACACUCUCUUCACACCGACCGAGGCCACCAGCAUCGUGGCGGCCACCGUCAUGUCCCACAACACCAUCCUGCGCCUCAGCCUCGACUACCCCCAGCGGGAGGAGCUGGCCAGCUGUGCGAGGACCCUGGCUCUGCAGUGCGCCAUGAAAGACCCCCAGAACUGCGCCCUGUCAGCUCUGACGCUGUGCGAGAAGGACCACAUCGCCUUCGAGACGGCCUACCAGAUCGUGAUCGACGCGGCGUCUACGGGUAUGACCUACUCACAGCUGUUCACCAUUGCGAGGUACAUGGAGCACAGAGGGUACCCGCUGCGAUCCUUCAAGUUGGCCUCCCUCGCCAUGACACACCUUAACCUGGCCUACAACCAGGACACACACCCGGCCAUUAAUGACGUGCUCUGGGCCUGCGCACUCAGCCACUCUCUGGGGAAAAAUGAGCUUGCAGCCAUUAUUCCCCUGGUGGUGAAGAGCGUGCAUUGUGCCACGGUGCUGUCCGACAUCCUGCGGCGGUGCACCAUGACGGCGCCGGGUCUCGCCGGCAUCCCCGGUAGAAGGAACUCUGGGAAGCUGAUGUCCACGGACAAGGCGCCGCUCAGGCAGCUCCUGGACGCCACAAUCUCAGCAUACAUCAACACCACGCACUCUCGACUGACGCACAUCAGUCCGCGGCACUACGGGGAGUUCAUAGAGUUCCUGAGCAAAGCACGGGAAACUUUCCUGCUGGCACAGGACGGCCACAUUCAGUUCGCCCAGUUCAUAGACAACCUGAAACAGAUCUACAAGGGCAAGAAGAAACUGAUGAUGUUGGUCAGAGAGCGCUUCGGCUGACCUUACCCCUCCCUCACAGAGACCCUCUACCUGGGAAGUAGUUCAACUUAUUUGUUUCUAUUUAAAGUUUGUUUUUUUUUUAAUUCUUUGUAUUUUCACUUUUUAUGUUGAGCCAUCUGUUGACUAAGUCUUAAGUUUUUGUCCUGUUUUACUGUUUUGUUUCUUGAAUGUGAACCAGGAAGUGUUUGCAGUACAUUGCUCUACUUCACUGAGACUGCAAAAAGGGGGGAAACGGCUUGAAAUGUCAAAGAAGCAACAAGAAAAACAAAGCAUUUUCCCUCAAACUAAUGUUAAAUCUAGUGUGAAAAAGUCAAAAGAUUGUGAAGACAAAAGCAAAUGGAGCUUUUGUCUUUCUGUGGCACAUGUAAAACCAAAUGAUGUUGUUGGAUGGGGCGUGUACUUUGAGCCAGGAGACGCUUUCAGCUGGGGUUAAGAAGAAGAAAAAGAAGUGGUUUUUAAAGUGGAAGAAACAUGUCAUUCCAAAAAAAAGAUGCAAACCACUGAGGUCGAAAGCACGCAUAGUGUUACUGUCAUACCUCGACUGUAUUAUUUGUCAGCUUUAACUUCUCUGUCAAAAAUGGCCUCUUGUUUCAUUCAGGGCGUCUUAGUGUAGAGAGGGCAGAAUACAGAAUUACACAUGUGUGGUCUCUUUGUAGAAGAAGUCAGUACCGGCAAAUUUAACAACCUUCACCUGCUGGUUUCCUAAGACUAGCUUAAGAGGAGGAACCGUGAUGCUUCACAGAGUGCAUGUUUUCAAAUCCAGAAGCAUGACAGUGACAUUACUCAGGCUGCUCUAGCAAAGGUAGAGUAGCGAGCCUCCAUGUGCAUAUAUAUAAAUAUAUAUACAGUAUAUCUCUCAUGUCCUCCUAUAAGCUUAUUAACAGUGACAAAAUGAAACUGUGAUGAACAGUGGGGUCACAGUAUUCCCAUCUCCAGAGAUACCACUGCACUGCUGUUCAGCUAUUUGUGGCCAAAACUCUUUGAAACGUGUAAGACUCCAGCGGUCACUUUCCACUUGCUAGAUCAAGAUUUAGUCAACAAGCAAUAUAAAUCAAGCCUCUGCUUCAUGCUUAUCGCUUAGCGGCAUUAAGUUGUUUUCUGCUAGGAAGCUUUGGAACCUGUCGGGACUUUGAUUUCAUGAACUGCCUGUUGGUGAAGUCUCUUUUCCAUCACAAGAACCUUUGAAACUUUCUCACUGUAGUGUGACUCACCAGAUGUAGACUGCAGGUAUAAGCCUAAUUUCUCUUUUUCCUCCCUCAUGUUACCUUUUUCAUUACGUAAAAAACCCAACAACCUCAGAGUUCUGGUUUUGCAACAAAUUUAGAUCACACUAAAACGUAGUUGUGCUAUUUUUUUUUUUUUUAAGUGAAUUAUCUCUUUUAAUCACAUUUCUGAAACUCUUGCUUGCAAAUGCAGCAAAUUAGUGUUAAAUGGCCCAGCUGGCAUUUUUGACAGCCUGAAAAUUUACCCUUGGGUUAAGUCACCUCAUUUCGAGCUUCAGACUUUAUGCUACUCGCCGAGCACCAAGCAGCAGGUGGUCAAAAUUAGUAGGUAGCUAGCAAAGGUUUUAGCUUCUUUAGCGGCAAACAUUUUCCUAAGGUGUCAGUAGAAACUAAAAUAUGGCUAUUGUAAGAAUGAAAAUUGACCUUACAUUUGUUAGGUUGUCAGAAAAAUAUCUCUAAAUCAUUGCUAUCGAUGUUGACAUAUUUAGUAGCAAUUGUUUGCUAACGUGUUAACUAACUUUAUAAGGUGAUAAUGCAUUUAUGUAGCAUUUUAGCGUAUUCUGCCAUCUAAACAAAUCAACUUUGUCUAGAUUUUUAAACCCUGCAUAUUUACUAUUUUGCUUUAAAACACAAAAGAAGUGAAAUUACUAGCUAGCUAGCGAACAUAGUGGAGGUUUUAGCUUCAUAAGGAGUCAAUAGAGACCAAACUAGAGCUGAUGCAAGAAUAAAAAGCGCUAUGUGCUACUGUGUUAAUGCACUUUUCUUCAUUUUGGCUAAAGCAAAACUAAACAUGUUUAGUUUCAAGUUUUUUGGUCUUGUGAUGGAAAAGGGGCUGUGAAUCUACUGGUUGUGAUCAUUGUGGACUGUGAAGAUGAGUGGCCUUGUCUUUCUCAAAGGGGUUGCAGACACAGCGCAAACGCCAGAACUACAGUAUAUUUUUUGACUUCAUCGUACGUACGCGAGACCAUACGCCUUGGCGCAGGAAGUUAUUUUUUUCUCCUCACGCGGGACGUCCACGCUCCCUUUUCUUACCCAGUGGCAAAGUGUUGUUGUUAACGGCAGUAUACAGUACAGCAAGAGCUUGAAUUCUUUACUGGUUGGACUAAACGUCAUCGUACAAGCACUUCACACAAAUACCUCUUCAGUACGUUCCUGUCUGCUUCAGCAUUUAUUUAUUGAUUGUUUAAUGACUUUGUAUGACUGAAUAGGAAUCGCAGACACUCAAACAGAACAGGGGGUUAUUUUCAAAGAUGAAGAGAAGAAGGAUUUUUUGAACAGAAGAGCAUUUUCUUGUCUGCUUUUACAUUCCAUGAGAGCUACCUUUACCCAACUAUCUGGGUAGUCAGUCACAACUCUGGGCCUUUUUUUGAUCUGAAGAAAUGCAGAUAGAAGAAUGGAAACAAAAAAAAAGGAAAACUGAGCAAGAAAAGAAAGAAAAGAGAGGCUAAACUCAGUUCUCAGGGACAUCACUUAAAGAAACAAAACAAAAAGUAGUAGCAUUAAGCAUUUAAGAUAUUGUAAAUAUUAAAGUGUCAAUUCAGAAAAUUGUAAAGUUAUAAUUAUUUAUGAUAAGUAUGUUACGUGUUUGUUUUUUCUUUAUUUUUAUGUUUUUCGGCGGAGUGUACUUGAAUUGUUUUGGACGGGGGAAUUUGACAGCGUUUUUUGUAAGAGCAAAGACUUCAAGGCAUUUCUCAGGUGCUCCUGUGUACAUUUCUUUCCGUUUGUUUGUUUUUGCUAUAACAACUAUUAUUAUUAUUUGUACUUUUUCUUUGGAUUUUUUUUUUUUUUAGUUUUGCAAAGAAAAAAAAUCUGUUUUCCAAAAGGAAGCAUGUAACUUUGGAGGUGAGGAAGAUUGAGGAAGGCAUUCAUUUGUAAACAGAUUCAUACUAAACCUAUGCAGAACCACUUCGAUGGUCUUGUCACCUCUUAAAGAGCUCCCCGGAAAAACUUAGAGUGGACUGAACCACUAUUAAAUGGAAAGAGGGGGAGGCAGGCGGACAAAGACGAGACCCGGCAUGCUUGUAUUUGGACAAUUGUGCUGCAACAUUUAGAGGAGACGAAAAAUUAAAAAUGGUGGAAAAUGCCUUUGUGACCGAUCAAUGUACAAAGUUUAUUUUUUUGCUUUAUUUCUUUAUUGUUUUUUUUUUAAUUUAAUCAGGACUCAAGCCUUUAGUGUCUUCUCAGAGGUGUCGUGUUGUGUGGUGACACCACGGUGAGACAGAACAAUACACCAAUGUCAGAAACAGCAACUGUAUGAACAAAAGAGACGGCCUGUGGACGACCUUGUGUUCAUUCCUUGUUCUAGUUUUUAUUUUCGAUCGCUGUCUCGGCUCCCUUCAACCUUCACCUCUGUGAUCUCAUUGCCAUAGUUUUUUUUUUUUGACGUCGUGAAUCGCCUCAGUUCCUCUCACGCAGGGAGGAUUUUGGAUUUGAAGAGAUGCAUCGAGGUUUUCAGUGCUUCCUCAGUGCAUUGCAGCAGCCUUUCUAUCCACACAGAGGAUAAAAAAAGGAUUCCUUGGCUACUACGUUAGAAAAGAGGAGUAUUAUCUUACCACUUGCUUAACUCAGAAGCUCCAGUCAGCUGCCUUUACGUGAUGCAUUCACUGACAGCGUUACAACAAACAAGUUCCUCCCUCUGUGUUAACCAUGUCAGCCAGUUCCUGAGGUUUUUCUUAGUUUUCCCUGUCUUUCUUUGGUUUGUAGGAACGUACUAUUUGCUGGUAGAGAUCUAGUUCACCUACUGUUUCCCAGUUUGUUUGUUUGUUUUUUUGUUUUUGGAUUCUUUCUAACUUAAGGGAAAAAUGAAAGUGUUUGUUGCCUCUUUGUGCUACUGAUUAUGAUAAAGGUAUUUCCAGUAUUUGUUGCCACAGAAGUAUCAUAGCUUAUCAUCAACACUUUUUUUUGUAAUUUUUUUGUGCGACUUCUUGAGCUACUGUCUAUAAAGCGAGAAUUUAUUACUAUUUAUGUAACGCUACUACCAUUUUAUAUUGAUUUGUGUUGGAAUCUCAGUGCUUUUCUAUGAAUAAAGUGUGAAACACGUUA